AAUAAAAGUUUUAAAGACUAGUUACAACUUUUCUUUUCUUGAAUUUCUUUUAAUUUUGUCAAAAAGAAAGGACUGCAAAUUGAUAAAAGAAGAAAAAGAGAGUCGGAGAGAGAAAGAGAGAGAGAGAGAAAAGAAGAAGGAGGAGAGAGAAAAUAAGACCGGGAUGGAUAGGGUGUUUUCGGUGGACGAUAUUGCGGACCAAUUCUGGUCACCGCCUCCGCCGCCGAUCCGGCUCACCGACGAUGACAACGAGUCGGCGUCGUCCACGUCAUCUUCGUCCUUGAAAAUGAUGAACCGCAGCUCAUCCGAGUGGGCGUUCCAGCGUUUCCUCCAAGAAGCCUCCGCAUCCAAUCAUUCCUCAUCGCCGCCAGCUCCUCCGGCGAGCUCUGCUAAUAAUCUUGUAACCGUUAAGAAAGAUGUCGUUGAGAUCAAAGAUCAAACAUCUCGCGAUGCUAAAAGUGUAGAAAAUGAUAAUAGCAAGGGUGGCGGUGACAGUAAUAAUUUAGAAAGGCAGGUGGGGACGAAGUCUUUUGGUGGCGGCGGCGGCGGCGGUGGCGGUGGUGUUCCUCCGCCGCAGCCGAAUAUCCCGGUGGAUUCUGAGGAGUAUCAGGCUUUCCUUAAAAGCCAGCUGGAUUUAGCGUGCGCCGCCUUUGCUUUGACCAGGGUGCGGCCUGAGAAUGGAUCACUGGAAUCAAACACACCGCAGUCUGGAUCUCAAGUUGUUUCUAAAGGAGCUGGGCCUGAUCCUCCUCCCAAACAGCAAGAUAAGGAAGUUGGGGGCCCACUUGGAAUACCUUCUUUGCCUGGAGUAGCAAAGAAACCUAGCAUCCCAGUCAGAUCAACUACUAGUGGUUCUUCAAGAGAAGAGUCAGAUGAAGAUGAUGCUGAAGAAGAAACAGAAGGAACUCAAAAUUUGGACCCUGCUGAUGCUAAACGUAUGAGAAGAAUGCUUUCGAAUAGAGAAUCUGCUAGACGCUCAAGAAGAAGAAAGCAAGCCCAUUUGACUGAGCUUGAGACUCAGGUCUCUCAAUUGAGAGUGGAGAACUCUUCUCUGCUAAAGCGCCUUACCGAUGUAAGCACAAAGUAUAAUGAAGCAGCUGUUGAUAAUAGAGUUCUGAAAGCUGAUGUUGAAACACUGAGAGCAAAGGUGUGUUCAACAUCUUUGGAUUCAUUCUGCCAGCAUUUUUUGGGUGACAAUUGCAUUCACCUUUUUCCUUCUUUUGUCAUUGAGGGUUGGAUUUUGAAAGCCAACUAGGAUGGUUGUUGUUUCUCAAUAGUCAAAUCUGAGAUGUGUAAAAUUUAGGCUUCCUAAUCCAGCUGUUCUUUAUCUUUAAAGGUGAAAAUGGCUGAAGAGACUGUUAAACGAGUCACUGGAUUGAGCCCGUUGUUCCAAGCAAUGUCUGAGAUGUCUACCAUUGGUUUGCCAUCUUUUGCUGCUAGUCCUUCAGAUGCGGCUGAUGCUGCCGUACCUGUGCAAGAUGAUCCAAAUCAUUAUUAUCAAGCCCCCUCAACAAAUCGUAUACCGAGUCAUGAUCCAAGGGUCCAAAACGGAAUGCUGGAAAUUCCUUCAGCUGAUAACAAUGCGCACCAUAAUCCAACCGCAGCAGCAGCAGCAAACAAGAUGGGAAGAACAUCUUCAAUGCAGCGAGUGGCUAGCUUGGAGCAUCUGCAGAAGCGCAUCCGUGGAGAAGUAACUUCCGUUGCAAAGAAAGCUAAUGGAGAAAAGUAAAUUAAGUUACCAUACUAUCAAUGGCAUCUAGGAUUUUGUCACUUUUGGUAAAUUGAUCUGCUUCUGCCCUGGAAGUUUACUGUAUAGCAAGAUUCCCAAUUCUUUACCAAAAUAAUAGUGUGGGUAACAUAUUAUGAUUUAGCAUAUUCCUGGCUGGAAGAAGCCUGAUCUGUGUAUCUUUGGUUACGAUAAAAACGUUUACAUUUAUUGAGGACAAUUUCUUUCGUGCUGCUUAUUUGCACACAAUAUUAUUGCGUCUCCAAUAUGUGCAAUUUUAACA